GCGAUCAUUUGUGAGAUGGGUUGGGUCUUCUCUGACUCCCUGUAUGUCUUUGACUUCCGUGACGAGCAAAUCAAUUUGGCGUCCAUUGAUAAGGGCAAGCUUGGGCAUUUGGUGCGCGACGCCUGGAGGUCCUACAUGAUGGCCACGACCAAAACCACAAGGCACAUUGAUGUCACAGUGUCGUCGUCUGUGGAUAUUAGGGUUCUGCAGGAAUUUAUUGGCUCAUGGUCUGGACGCCGCGACCGGCCUUGGGCGUGGCGAUGCUGCGUCGGCGCGGAGCCGAGUGCCGACCGAUUGCAUUGCCUCGAUUCUGCUGUGGACUACAACUGGGCUGUCUGCCGGAUGCGUAACACGACCAAGCACCGGCUGGGAGUGCCCGUGUACGCUUCCGGAACGGCAGCGGCGGCAGCUCCCCCCGCCGCCAUAGGUCACAGCGGGUUUUUCUGAGUCUGCCCGUAACCCAUUUCUGUUGAAUGGAUGGAUCCUGGAUGCCUUGGGCAGCGGGCAACGCCGUCUGUUACGCCGCUGGUGCCACAGGAUUCUUUUCUAUAAGUUCACAGUUCUCGGUGCAUUUUAUGAUUGCUUCUGAUCCUUACCCGCCGCUCUGGAAGAGAGGCGGACGGUCUUGACCCAGG